AUGUGGAAACAGGAUAUUGGCCAAUGGGUGGAAAGAAAGGGUCGUCGUGGUUGGGCUAAGCAGCCACAGGAACCGCAACAACAACAACAACAACCGCAACAACCCUCUGUGCCAUUGUCUCCUGCAAUGCGUGCUGGUUUUAUCCCAGAAGGGUUUGAAGAUCGGCAUGAAAAAGUAACGUUUGUGCCCGAAUCAGCAGAAAAUGGAAGACAUUUAGAUGAUAAGAAUAAUGAGGCUUUUUCUCAUGCAGGGGAACGCUGGGUUGCGGUUUACGGUGUCUUACCAGGGAGUAUUAUGGAUGUGCGAGAAUUUCUUGACGUCAUGUUUGGUCGGACCGUGGAACACUACUACCCCUUGGCGUAUGCAACCUCCGGAAGUGACCUUACGCCCAUCUUGGCGGGUGGCCAGAAUUGGUUUUAUGUAAAGUUUGAGGAUCCCGUUUCAGCAGCUCGGGCCGUAUAUCAAAGUCCUCUGGCUAUUUCUUUGGGUGAUGGGCAUAGAGCCACCACGAUUGCGACAGACGCUGCUGCCUCUGUAACCACAACAGCUACUGCAUUAAAAAAGAGUAGGGGUGGUGUUGGCUCUGCAACGAAGGAAGAGGUGGUUGGGGUGGCGUGGUGCACCGAUGCAAGAUUCCUGCGCAAGGAAUGCGAAGCGGAACGGAGGCGAGGUGAGACGAAAACCUUUAGGGGAGUCUCUGGGGACAAAAACCAUCAGGGUCCUCAGAGGAAGACAGAUAACAUUCAGAAUGCGUUGGGUGUGACGCCGCGUGGAGCGGAACGUCUGCAACGGACACAGCCUCCUCUCUCUCAUAGCGAGGGUGGAGGUGUGCGUCUACCAUCACGUGGUUUUGGAAGUCUCCUGUACGACGUUCUGUGUUCUCCCUGGAAUGGGCGAUGGACUGCGACGCCGUCUCGCGAGCACGCCUCUUCACGCAUGUGUGGUGGUAGCAUGUCGUCUGUUUCUCCCUCUUCUUCGUCGCCACCCCGUCCGGAGGUGUUUGAAGGAGAACAUGGAGGUGUUGAUGGCAGGAGUUCCUCAAAGAGGAGGAGCGCUCCUAAUGAGGGGGAUAUUAAGAGUGAAGAUGAAUGGAGGGCACCGGCCCCAACAAGGGAUAUCUCUCCCCCUUUAUUUCUUUAUUCACGUGGUGGUCGACAUCAUUAUUACGACCCCGAUCGUCAAAUUCAUAGUGCCUUGCCCGUUCGGCCACUUUGCGGCAAUGAGUCGGUACUGAGCGUGUUUCGUGCCGAUACCGCAGAGCGUCAUAUAUUACGUCGAGUUGUUGUUUUCCUGGGACGUCUGCCUUACCGCAUCUCCCGCCUCUUUGAUUUUCCAUCGUUGCGUCUUGAGAAUUCUGAAGAAGUUUCAGCAGCUGCGGAUGAUAGUCAAUGGUUAUCCUUGUUUGGGGUAUUUGGUGUGGAUUGGCGCUACCAACAACGGCGUCAGCAACUGCUGCGCAACCGUCAUUACAACGCCGCAGCCCGUUUUCUUUCUGCGAACAUUGGCUACGGGGAGACACCCGUGAUUGCCUCUUGGACGCCGUACCGCUGGUAUGAGAGCACAACUGUGUUCUCUUUGUUCUGUUGCCUUUUUCUUUUUCUUGCCGUUUUCUUCUCAGGUCUCUGGAAUGAUGGCGUCUCCAUCAUUGAUGUUGAAUCCACGGGUCGUUGGGGCAACGACACCACUUCUCCUUCUGCUACUGGGGUCCAAGUCACGUCAUACGAUAGCAGAAAGCACGAGGCACCACGUUUGACAGCGGGGCAGUUGCAAGGCAUCAUGUUUGCAGAUGGCAUCUAUGGCAGUGAUAGAUACACAGCACGGACGCUGUAA